AUGGAAUCACUGCUCAAGGAGCAAGAUGCGUUGCUGGAAGAAGUUGCAGUUGUUUUGCCCAAACUCAAGACCAUACUUGAUCUGCGCGGCACCACCUCCAGCAGUACAUGGGAAUCUGUCAAACUCUUGAUGCCUGACACCUGGAAGGUAGUUCGGUUCUUUGAGAGCCAUUACUCAACAACUCUCGAUUUCAACAAUGUAGAGUCCUGGCUGGAGCAGAUUAAAGAGAAGAUAUCUAAGUAUAAGGAAAAUCUUGAGGAUCUUUCCGAGCAUGGGGUCAAUUUCAACGCUCUAUCUGAUCGGGACUUUGCAAAGCCAAACUUGGAAGAGAUGAUGGAGAAGGUGGCUGUGGACAAGUCCCAAUUUAAAUUGAUGCAAAAAAUGAUGCCAAGUUUUUUUGGAGCGAACUGGGCAUCUCAGAGAGAUGCAAUCUACAGACGAGCAGAAAUCGAUGGGGAGUCGUCGGACAAAAAGAUACCUCUGAGUACAUUCAAGCUGAGCGUCAACAAGGUUGCGAAUGAGAUCCUCGAUAUGUGGAAAACCCUGAGGGAAAGUGGAAGCGGAAUGAAAUCCUUUAAAAAGCAGUGGGACAAACUCCAACCAGAGGCACGGAAGAGUUGGCUUCAACAAUUCACCGAACUCCACCGAUGUCCAGGCCUGGCUAUUCACAUGCUGGCGCGGUAUCCGAACGAUCGUUUAGACAAAGAAGCGUUUCUGACACCUCUGCUCAACGUGGAGGACCUGGCUGAAGCAGAUGUUCUUCCAGAUAUGUUACAAACUCGGUCAUCCAUACAUCCGAAGAUGUUCUUAUCUACAGAUACCCGCCUUGUUGAGCUUGGAUACUGGUACAAAUCAAUUACGCAGAUGCAAGUUGAAGGAAGAAUGUCAUUUUAUUCAGAAAUUGGCAUCGACGAGGGAGGUUCCCUGUACGGGAUACAAUUUGACCCUGACGCCUUCAAAAAGCCACACCUUACUGAUCCAGCUAUCGGCUUACAUCAACUCAUAGCGCAAAAGAAAACUUAUUGUUUUCUUGUCUCGUGUCUUUCGGCUCAGAUAGAGCCUUCUGUCGACCCAACCACUAGUACCAAUAGGGACAAAUGUGAAAACCAUCACUCGCUUCUAAGUCGCUCUGCGCUACUACAAUACAAGAGACCAGACUAUAUAGACUGGGAUUACUUGACAGAUGUUUUCAGAUCGUCCGCUGAUGAAGCGAUGGACGAUCUGUGGCAGCUCCGGAACGACGCAGAUUAUUGGGAUCUGCGGUUUACGGACAUGGAAAGGAACACUUCGAAGUUCUUGCAUUCUGUCUUUGGACGUAUCGAUGUAUUUCUCACUGUUGGUGAAAAACUACGUGUUUAUCGCAACGAUCAACAGAUCAGCUCCUCUGGUGAUUUGUCGGCAAUCCAACUUUCUUGCGAUGAUGCCCAGAUCACUGGCGCGAUAUCCAUGCAUGCUACACUUCGCUCUAUUCUCAACGAGAUAAUUUCUUCGUUGCGGGGCAAUGCGUGGCUGCACAGAGCGACGAAAAAUAAGACAUUACGCUAUCUUUUCAACUUAAUGGAGAAGAAUGAUCCUUUAAUACGAUUGAUGGGUUUCGAUGUAGUCUUGAGAACUAUUGAGCGGGAGCUUUCGGGUGACAAACUUGAGAAAGCGCCCCCAUUCCCAGUCGUGCAAACGCUCCACGACAUGUCAGUUGUCGCUGCUUGCAUGCAGGAGACUUCCAAACACUACAAUCUCAUCCUCAACCUCGACUGCAAAUAUACCACUUUGGCCCAUGACGCCACAUCGGAGUGGCAGGAACGUGAACGACCGUGGGUAAUACCUAUCCAGAAAUUUCUGAAAAUAAUCCAGCGCAAGGGAAACGAAUUCAAUAAAGAGGCCAGAGACGAGAAUAUUUCCUUGGAAUACAGCCACUGCAGGUUCUGGAAUAGCAUUGAUGACUGCAUGAGCAACUGGAACAAGUCUGACCCUAUUGUCCGUAUGAUUCUCAGCCACGCUCCUGUCCCGAGAGCAUCCGAACCCACAUCCGCAUCAACUAUCUUGGAAUCGAGGUGGAGAUCACAAGAUACGAACACCACGCCAACUGAAACAAUGACGAAAAAGUCGCGAAAACGGCAAACCCGACGGAAAACCCGACGGAAACUCCAGAAUUGUUGCGGACUGUCGGCGUCUCAUCCACCACAGCAGAGCCGCGUCGUCGGCCCUCUGUAG